UAACCUCAAAAGUGUAAAAAUUUGUAAUAUUAUACUUUGUACUUUAAAAAUCAAUAGGUGAACAAUUAGUAAUUUACUUUAAUAUCAAAUAAUCGCUUUUCCUAAUAAAUCAGUAUUUUUAGUUUUUACCAUUUAAUGGACUGCUAGCUAACUUGUGCUGAUAUUCUCCUCUUUAGAUCAAAAGUCUCUACAGUGCAUCUCUAGAUGUGUAGAGGUCAUUGAUCUCGAGGAACCUCCUGUCGAUGAUCCUGAAGUCCUUCCCGCUGCUGAGCCUCUGGUGCAAGAAGAGCUUCAAACUCAAGUCCACGACGCUCCAGUCCGUCUGACAGCGGGUGAAACGUCUCCUCUCCGUAACCAAGAGAACAUGAGACCUGAGGACGACAUUUGCUGCCGAUAUACAAUUGGCCGUAAGCUGGGGCAAGGUGGAUUUGGUGCCGUCUAUGAAGGCACUCGUUUGGCGGAUGGCCAGAAGGUGGCAGUGAAAUUUAUCCUAAAGACGGAGUGCACAGAAUGUAUCAGCAUUCCUGAUCAUCCCAACCCCCUUCCCAAAGAAGUCGCUCUGACAAUCCUGGCCAGUAAAAACGGUCCAGCGAUGGACAUCAUCAAGCUGCUGGACUGGCAGGACCAGCAGGACUUCUACGUCAUGGUCCUCGAGCGUUUCUCGCACUGCAUGGAUGUGUUCGACUACGUGGCACGCAGCGGCGGCCGCAUUGAGGAGAAGUAUGCGCGGCACAUCAUGUGGUCGGCAACACUAGCCGCUGAUGCGUGCUGUCGCCGUGGAGUUUACCAUGGCGACAUCAAAUUAGAGAACCUGCUUAUAAACGUCAAGAACCACGAUGUCACACUCAUUGACUUUGGAUCCGCCGAUUUCCUGACAGAAUCUCCCUACACGAGUUACCGUGGCACAGAUUUGUACUGCCCUCCCGAGUACAGAAUGAAGGGCGAGUUUCACGGAAAGCCGGCGACGGUCUGGUCUCUGGGGAUCCUCUUGUUCAGAAUGGUGUGUGGAUACUUUCCAGAUAGUUUCGACUUCUACAGCACCAAUAUGAACACCUGGUACAAACCUGGCUUGACAGAAGAUUGCUGCGAAUUGAUCUCCUCCCUUCUGCAGCAGAAGCCAGAGCGUCGGCUUGAUCUGGACAGGAUCAUUCAACACAAAUGGUUUUAGGUACUGUGCCAUGAGCUGAAAACUAUUUAAGAUGCAU